UGGGAUUCAGAGAUUCUUUUAUUGCUACCAUAUAAUUUGCCUUAUGAAGAAUGUAUUAAUAACAUGUUUCACAGUAUCAUUUAUCAGUAAUAUUUCCUGCAGGGUUUAUAUUGCAUUGAAUAUGUCUGUCAUCACAUUGACCUUUCUAUUUUUACAGGUUGAGUUCAUUUUAUACACAAUGCAUAAAUGUGCUUGGUUAGAGUUGAUGUUCCAUUCUAGAAGGUUUUAAGCUUCACUGGUGAGAGUGUCCAGAUGAUACAUGCUGAGGGGAGAUGAGAACAUAGCAGGUUAAUUGCAUGCACGCUUACGAUACACAUAUUAAUCUAGUAGCAGGUCUGAGCGAAGGCCUAAGCGUCUUCUGCUUCAGUUUGAGACUGGCUGCAAAGUACUCUACUUAGUGAUUAAUGACGAGGGUCCAUUAUUAGCUCUCAGAGAUGUUGAGACCUGAAGUUAUUACCCUAAAAGGCAAGUAAUGUAGAAAAGAGAAGUGACAUGUCAGUGUAUGGUUAUUAGAAGUGUACGGGAUGUACCCUUGUCUACACGGGUGGAACUUUUGCCCGUCUGUCACCAUGUAUUUCUGAACUGUAUUGACGUAGGUGUGAUAUUUUAUCCUAUAAAACCAGAACCCAAUGUAUUCUUGUCAGAGCAAAACAAUCCAUAUGCUGAUGGUUGGUUGUUCUCCUGUGAUAAUAAAACUCAUCGUUUGAUUGCACUUUUCCGGAGCCUCCGUCGUUUGUUGUCUGGUCUAAAGUUGAUCGAUCUCGCAGCAACAAGUAAAUACAACUUUAGAGACAGAAACACAGAGAGAAGCGCUGCACAUAAAACAAUCCAUUAUAGGUUGAUGGUGUAAUAAAAUUAAGUCUAUAACAUUCUAUAACUAAUGCUUGAAUUUUUUUUGUUUCAUUUUGAGCAUUCUUUAUAAGAAACUGAUCAGCGAGUUGCUCAAUUUCUAAAUACCCUGUGAAUUGCUUUGCAGGGCAUGUGCAUCAUCAAUAGGGGGCAGCAUUUAUUUUCAAAGUGCCAGCCUGGAAUGUGAUGCAGACCUGGGUCCAUAAGAGUUCAAGGUGUCAACAGUCUAAAUUCAGUCUACCUUGAAAUUUGGAGCUUUUUGCUGGUUAUAUUCUCUGGAGCUAAAACAAGGUCACCUAAAUCUCCAAACGAGUUAAUAAGAUUUCAUUUCAAUCCCAGGGCCAGAAAGCAAUCGCCACUGCUGAAUUUUUAGGAUUUUCAGGGUGAAAGCUGAUCAUAGUCUCAGUGCAGCUUAGGUCUUUUGAUAUUUGGUGCAAAACAUCAAUCCCCUGAAAGAAUGUUUUCCCAGUAAUAUGCUGCUAUUUACAGAAGACAAUCAAGACAGUCACUUUUUCAGAUGCUAUCAACCAGACUGUAGCAAUAUGCUCUUCCUUAUCAGCUAAACUAUUGUAUUUAAAUUCCCCCAGGAGGUCAUAAGAAGGAAAACCGGAUUCCUUGGUUGUGAACAUUCUUUAUGUGGCAUCAGAGAGCCCCUGUGAGCCAUUUUCAAGACACAGAGAAACACACAGUUUAGUCAGAGAACACAAAAUUUAUCGACUAAACUUCAGCGGUAAUUUCUGUUUGGUUGGGUUUGAUUGCUUGGCUACUUUUAAGAUUGGAUUUUGAGACAAUUGUGACUGGAGUGUUGUCAUGACUCGAAGGAGGUCUAAACAUGAUUUUGUUCAAGCUGUUUUCUUGAUGGAGAACUACGUCAGAAACAGCAGUUUUCCACCAAGGCGGCGUACACCAGAGUUGGGGGACACUCCACUGCCAGAGGCUCUGAAUUCAAAGGACACUAUGAAGCAGUUUCUCUCAGAUCGCGUGGUGAAGGCAGCCAGAUCAGUAUAUAGUGUCAUGAUUGAGAAGAACCCUGGUCUGAUCCGAGAUAGAAAGCAUCACCUCAAAACAUACAGGCAAUGUUGCUCCGGUAAGGACCUUGUUGACUGGCUGAUGACCCAAAAUGAAGGCCUCCAAUCAAGAAGUCAGGCAGUGGGAAUAUGGCAGGUCUUAGUGGAUGAGGGAAUACUUCUCCAUGUGAAACACGAGUUGAAUUUCCUCGACAAGGACACACAGUUCUAUCGCUUCCAAGACUCCCAGUUUGGACUUAACCACAUAUUGAAUGAGAAGGAUUCAGAGGAUGAACUACAGGAAGCUCUGUCUCUGCUGUCUCAGCUUGGUCCUGAUGCUCUGCUCACUAUGAUUCUACGUAAAUGCCCCAGUCAGAGGAGUCCCGAGGACUUGGAGGUUAUCUACGAGGAGCUGCUCCACGUCAAAGCUGCCGCUCAUCUCUCCUCUUCAGUGCGUAAGGAGCUGGCAGCAGUGCUGGUCUUUGAAUCACAUGCCAAAGCUGGAACAGUCUUGUUCAGUCAAGGGGAUAAAGGAACCUCUUGGUACAUCAUCUGGAAAGGCUCUGUAAAUGUGAUCACGCACGGGAAGGGUCUGGUGACUACUCUACAUGAAGGUGAGGAUUUUGGGCAACUAGCUUUGCUAAAUGAGCAACCUCGAGCCGCCACCAUCAUCUUGCGAGAGGACAAUUGUCAUUUCCUUCGUGUUGAUAAACAGGACUUCAUAAGGAUCCUCAAGGACGUGGAGGCUAAUACAGUGCGACUGGAAGAGCACGGGAAGACUGUGCUGGUGUUGGAAAAGAGUGCAGACUCGACUGAACAAGGAGGAGCAGGGAACAGCAGCAAGUACACAGUUAUGUCAGGAACACCUGAGAAAAUCUUGGAACACCUACUGGAAACAAUAAAGUUGGAGUGUAAUGGAAAUGAUGCUAUAGAUUCUUGUGUGAGUGACUUCCUGCUCACCCACAAAGUCUUCAUGCCCUCCAGCCAGCUCUGUCCUGCACUACAGCACCAUUACCAGGCACAGCUUGCUGAGGGCUCAGAGCAGGAGAAGACUGCCUAUGUUCUCAACAUUAAGCAGAAAGUAGUAAAGUUGGUUGGCCAGUGGGUGGCACUGUUUGGCCUUCACCUGAAAGAAGACCCUAUUGCCUUGGACUUUCUGGAGAGAUUAAAGAAAGAUAUGGCAGCGAAUUCACAACUGUUCAACGUGCUCAAGGACUUCAGAGAAAGGAGGAGGACAAAAGUGUUGGAGAAUGGCUAUCAGUCACUGAGCAGGAACCACCAGUUUGAUUGGUUUUCAAACUUUGAGGAGUCAGUGGGGAGGGUUCAACCAAUCAGAGCACAUGAUAAAGUGUUGUAUGAGAUCUACAGGCCAGACAACAAACCUCUCACUCCGAUGCUGCCGGUGAAUACAUCUGUACAGGAGAUAAUGUCAGCAUUAGGAAAAGCUGGAGAAGAUCAUGUCCUCAUCAAAAUGAACUCCACAGGAGAAAGAGCUCAGCUAAAGCUGGAUGCUACUGCAGUCUACACCGCCCUAGGACUCAACGAGAGACUGUUCAUCUGCACAAUCAGCGAAGUGGAACAACUGACACCUCUAAAGGAGCAGCAGGGUCCAGAGCAAGGAACCGCUGACGUCCUUGAACAGAUGUCUUCUAAAGACAUUGCCAGUGAGCUCACCAAUUAUGACUGGGAGUUGUUCACUGCCAUGCACGAGGUGGAGCUGGUCUACUACAUUUUUGGGCGCCACAAAUUCCCUGGAGCCAUCACGGCUAACCUAGAGCGGUUUGUGCGUCGCUUUAAUGAGGUGCAGCACUGGGUACUGACUGAGCUGUGCCUAUGUGAAGACCUCGUGAAACGUGCUAUGCUGCUCAAGAAGUUUAUCAAGAUCGCUUCAGUAUUAAAGGAGCAGAAGAAUCUAAAUUCAUUCUUUGCUGUGAUGUUUGGCUUAAGCAACAGUGCAAUUCAGAGGCUUUACAAGACCUGGGAGAGAAUACCCAGCAAGACAAAAAGGAUUUACUGUUCUCUUGAGAGACUCAUGGACCCUUCACGCAACCACAGGGCGUACAGACUGGCUAUAGCUAAACUCAGUCCUCCUUACAUUCCCUUCAUGCCUCUGCUGCUGAAAGACAUGACGUUUAUCCAUGAGGGAAACGCAAACUACGUAGACAAACUGGUCAAUUUUGAGAAAAUGCGAAUGCUUGCCAAAACAGUGAAAAUCGUUCGAGGAUGCAGAAGCCAACCUUAUGUGCCUUCAUCUCCACAGAGAGGCCUGGCAGAUCGUAUGUUUCUGGAAGGCGCUGCUACUCGCUUGUCUACAUAUUCAGAUCACGCCUUUCCUCUGCGGACUUCCACAAACAUCCGGCACUAUAUCCAAAACCUGAAGGUGAUUGACAACCAGCGCAAGCUUACGCAGCUAUCGAGAACAAUCGAUUGCUAGGAAAUAUGACUGAAAAUGUGCAAGGACUGUGAAACUGAAGCAAAAUCACA